AAGUGAUAAUCAUAAAUUUAGCAAGUUAGCCCAGAUACGCGUGGCUCUGCCUCGACAUUUGACCUGUUAUCUCUCGCCGCGUUCCCGUAUCGCACUCCGCUCCACAUCCCGACACUAUUCACACAUUGUGUAUGAGCAGUUUCUAUACAAUGUUGGGAGCGUGGUUUGUGACGCUAUGCGUGGCGUCGGUGCUGGGGUGCGAGCUGACCCCACCUGACGAUCCGUCCCCGAAGUCCCCCGGGGACAACUUCUACCGCCUCAUCAUCAAUGGAGAGGUGGAGCGGUAUGCUCCCGAUCAGAGAUAUGUUGUGACGCUAGUCGGCUCCCGGACGCACGAUGUGGUGCAACAGUUCACCAAGUUCCAGAUCAAGAUCGACCCCCUGGACCCCGCGCAAACCCGCAGCACACGCAAGCAAGGCCAGUUCCAGCUGUUCGCAGACACGCUCACCAAGUUUGAUGAAGAGUGCAUCAACUCUGUGGUGGAAGCUGAUGAUCUGCCGAAGACUGAAGUGCAGGUCAUGUGGAAGGCGCCGCCCGCGGGAUCUGGAUGUGUUUUGUUGAAAGCUAUGGUAUACGAGAACGUCAGCAAAUGGUACGCCGAAGACGGUCAGCUGACGAAGCGGGUUUGCGAGGACACCUCCGUCACCGCGUCUGACUGCUGCGCCUGCGACGAUGCUAAAUACAAGAUGGUAUUCGAAGGUCUAUGGUCCGCGCAGACGCACCCGAAGGACUUCCCCGUGCAGGCGCUGUGGCUGACCCACUUCUCUGACGUCAUCGGCGCAACGCAUCCCAAGAACUUCAGCUUUUGGGGCGAAGGCCAGCUCGCUACUGAUGGUUUCAGGUCGCUAGCGGAGUGGGGCUCCGUGGGUCUGCUGGAGCGCGAGCUGCGGCAGCAGGGCGGCAAGCUGCGCUCCAUCGUCAAGGCGCAGGGGCUGUGGUACCCGAAGGUCAAUUCUAACACUAGCGCUGCAUUCACCGUGGAUCGGAAGAGGCAUCUCCUCUCGGUUGCGUCUAUGUUCGGUCCAUCCCCCGACUGGGUGGUGGGUGUGAACGGGCUGGAGCUGUGCAACAAGGACUGCUCGUGGGCGGAGUCUAAGGUCGUGGACCUGUUCCCGUAUGACGCCGGCACUGAUAAUGGUAUCUCUUAUAUGUCGCCAAACUCGGAGUCAGUGCCCCGCGAGCGCAUGUACCGCAUCACGACCAUGUACCCCGAGGACCCUCGGGCGCCCUUCUACAACCCGGAGCAGAAGGAGAUGCAGCCCAUGGCCCGGCUGUACCUCACACGGGAGAAGCUCAUCUCCAGGGGCUGUGAUGAGGAGACGCUGCAGAGCUUCGUGGCGGAGGAGGCGGAGAACAGCCAGUCCGUGGAUCGGCCGGAGUGCGCAGUAACAGAGUGGAGCGCAUGGUCCGCGUGCUCGGUGACGUGCGGCAAGGGGCUGCGCAUGCGCACGCGCGAGUACCGCAUGCCGCAGAAGGCGCAGAUGUUCGCGUGCGACCGCCAGCUCGUCUCCAAGGAGAUGUGCGUCGCCGCUGUGCCCGAGUGCGAAGGGGACAACAACGCAGACGAAGAAGAGAACGAAUUUAAUGCUCCCACAGAAGACGUGGAGGGAAUCUGCAAGACGUCGGAGUGGAGCGAGUGGAGCGAGUGCUCGGUCACGUGCGGCGUCGGCAUGUCCACCCGCAGGAGGCACUUCCUUAACCACAUGGGCAUUAAGAAGUGUCCUUUGGUGCAAGUCGAGGAGAGCCGCAAGUGCAUGCAGCCGCAGUGCACGGAGCAGGAGCAGGACAUCUCGGACCCCGCGUGCCCCACGAGCGAGUGGUCGGCGUGGGCCCCGUGCUCGGCGUCGUGCGGGCGCGGCGUGCGCUUCCGCACGCGGCUGCUGCUCGUGCCGGCCGACCGGCAGCGCGACUGCUCCGCGCGCGUCGAGCUGCUGCAGCAGCGGCCCUGCCAGGAGCGCGCCGACUGCGCGCUCGACAUGCCCACCGCCAAACGUAUAUGCAUGGAGGCAGCAGAGACGGGCCCGUGCCGCGGGGUGUACCAGCGCUGGGCGUUCGUCGCCAUGAAGGGCAUGUGCAUUCCCUUCACCUACGGCGGUUGCCGUGGCAACCAGAACAACUUCCUCACGCAAGAGGAAUGCAUGGAUACUUGCAAAGUUCUAAUGGGCGGCGGUGCCCCCGGAGCAGUAGUGCCUCCUAGCCAGCUCGUUCCCGGAGUGAGCAGCAACUCCAUUGGGCCUGUCCCACCUGCAGUUAGCGGUUUGCAAACGAACGACUGCCAGCUGAGCGCGUGGAGCGAGUGGAGCCGCUGCAGCGUGUCCUGCGGCAUCGGCUAUCAGGAGCGCACUAGGACUAUUUUGGCACAGCCAGGUCCAGGAGGCGCGCCAUGUCCUUCGCGUCUGUCGCGACGAAGACGGUGCACAAGACAUUGUUAAAACAUGCUUUUUAGUGAAAGGUGUUAGUUAAGCUUGCUCGAAGAUUAUUAUAUUGUAUUGUUUAAUAAAGGCUUACACUUA